AUGGCUAGUAUACCGUUAAUGUAUGCUCAAGAAGAUUGCGAAUUAGGAGAAAAGGGUACUAUAGAAGAUGACUUUGCAUACCGCAAUAAUGUGAUGAAUGCGGACAAGGAGAUUCGUCUUGGUUUUAUUCGCAAAGUAUACAGCCUGCUUACAGUUCAGUUAUUGGUUACUGUGGCCAUUGCCGCGGUUUUUUUACUUGUCAAGCCAGUUCAGGGAUUCAUACAUUCCAAUGAAUGGAUGGUGCUAGUAGCAUUUGUUCUAAGUUUUGGAACUUUACUUGCUCUUAUUGCGAAACGUCGUGACUACCCCACUAACCUUUACUUGCUGGCUGGAUUUACUGUGGUGCAAGCAUAUACAAUCGGCGUAGUUGUGUCCUACUUUGAUACAUUCAUAGUGCUGCAAGCUUUAGGACUUACCUUUGCCGUGGUUCUCUCUCUCACUCUCUUCACUUUCAACACUAAGAGAGAUUUCUCAUUUGUGGGCUAUGGCCUCAUCGCUGGCCUCAGCGUGCUAAUAAUCGGUGGAUUUAUACAAUUAUUUAUUCAGAGCUCCGCGUUCGAGAUCGCGCUUUCUUUCACUGGAGCCGUUUUCUUCGGCCUUUUCCUAAUAUUUGAUACACAACAGCUCAUGACCACGCUCUCGCCCGAAGAAUAUAUUCUUGCGACUAUCAAUUUAUAUAUGGACAUACUUAACUUAUUCUUAUACAUUUUGCGCAUUCUAAAUGAGCUUAAUCGUAAUUAA